AUGCGGGCGGCUGCGAGGCGGGCCGGUCCGCGGGCGCUGCUGCUGCCGCUGGCGCUGGCCGUGGCGUGCGCGGCGCGCAGCGCCGACGGGCCCAGCAACAUGUCCUACGUGAAGGAGACUGUGGACGGGCUGCUCCAAGGCUACGACAUCCGCCUACGCCCGGACUUCGGAGGUCCGCCCGUGGAUGUGGGCAUGCGGAUAGAGAUCGCCAGCAUCGACGUGGUCUCGGAAGUCAACAUGGACUACACCUUGACCAUGUACUUCCAGCAGUCCUGGAGGGAUAAAAGGCUCUCUUAUUCUGGAAUACCUUUGAACUUAACUCUGGACAACAGAGUGGCUGACCAGCUCUGGGUGCCGGACACGUAUUUCCAAAAUGACAAGAAAUCAUUUGUCCAUGGGGUGACAGUGAAAAACCGAAUGAUCCGACUCCAUCCAGAUGGGACAGUCCUUUAUGGCCUACGGAUCACAACAACAGCUGCUUGCAUGAUGGAUCUACGCAGAUAUCCCCUGGAUGAACAAAACUGCACACUAGAAAUUGAAAGUUAUGGAUACACUACUGAUGAUAUUGAAUUUUACUGGAAUGGAGGAGAGUCAGCAGUGACAGGAGUUAGUAACAUCGAGCUCCCACAAUUUUCUAUUGUGGAUUACAAGAUGGUAUCAAAGAGAGUGGAAUUUACAACAGGAGCAUAUCCUCGACUAUCCCUUAGCUUCCGGCUUAAAAGAAAUAUUGGAUACUUCAUUUUGCAAACCUAUAUGCCUUCCACGCUGAUCACAAUUCUGUCAUGGGUGUCUUUUUGGAUCAAUUAUGAUGCCUCUGCAGCCAGAGUUGCUCUAGGAAUCACGACUGUGCUGACCAUGACCACCAUCAGCACCCACCUCAGGGAGACCUUGCCAAAGAUUCCCUAUGUCAAGGCAAUAGAUAUUUACCUGAUGGGAUGCUUUGUGUUUGUGUUCCUGGCCUUGCUGGAAUAUGCCUUUGUAAACUACAUUUUCUUUGGGAAAGGACCUCAACGUCAAAAAAAGACAGCAGGCAGAGCAGGACAUGCUACAGGAGAGAAGAGCAGACUGGAAACAAAUAGAGUCCAGGUUGAUGCCCAUGGAAACGUGCUUCUGGAACCACUUGAACUACGAAAUAACAUUUGCACCAUCUUCCACGAGCCCCGAGCCACCACGUACACGUACGACAGUGCCAACCUGCAGUACAGAAGAGCCACUUCCAGCAGAGACCUCUACAGCAGGAGUGCUCUGGACAGGCACAGGCUCCAUAAAAAAGGACACUUACGCAGGAGGGCAUCCCAGAUCAAAGUCAAAAUCCCUGAUUUGACUGAUGUUAACCUGAUAGACAAGUGGUCCAGAAUGGUCUUUCCCAUCAUGUUUAUUCUUUUUAAUGUUGUUUACUGGCUGUAUUAUGUCCACUAAGUUAUGCAAUAAUGUUAUCACAGACUAACAUAA